UAGAUCUAUCAUAUCCAUUAUUGUAUGAAUAUUCUACACGCGGAAUAUCAGACUUUACCUGAUGGCUUAACCAUUAUACUAAAUAAGAUGAAAUGUCACUUAAAUCAAUGUGUCUUUAUAUACAUAGUACGUAUUUUACUAAAAAUAGAAUAAAUAUACAUUUUACACAAAAGUUGACCUAGUUUACCUGUGAUAUAUUAUCAUAGCCUAGCUUGUAAACAAAGAAUUGUAAACAUGGACGAAAAUUCAGUUAUGAAUGGAUUGAAACUGGACCAGAUACAAGAGGCGUUCGAGAAGGCAAGAGAAGAUAUUAACAUACCAGGUUUCAAGUUGGUUCUAGUUACACCUGAAUAUUAUGACAAGGCAAUGGACUUCAUACGGGAUCAUUUUAUUACAAAGGAAGCAGUUCAUUUGUCGGCAGGCCUUGAAUGGACAGAUGAAGUUAAAACAAUCUGCCUGCAGACAUUCAAACUAAACCUGUCACUAAUGAUAAUAGACGAACAGACCGAAGAAGCAGCGGCAAUUCUCCGAACAUCAGUACAAAGCAAGGACUCCAGUGAAAGUCUAGACAACAUACAAACAAAGUCACUUAAGGAAGCUAUGCGGUUCAACAAUAUAUGUGACGAAUAUGCGGAUUUCUUUGGACACUUUGGUACUGAUGAAGCAUUUCAUGUCGAAGCACUUGCAGUCGCUGAGAAACACCAAAGGAAAGGACUUGCAACAAAUAUUUUCAAAGCAACAGUUGAUAUGAUAUCGAAGUUGGGGAUAGAUCCCGUAUACAUAAAAGUUGAAGGCUCCUCAAUUUAUUCUAAGAAGGUUUUCGAGGCAGCAGGUUUCGAGACAUUGUCCGAGAAAUCAUUUGAUUCGUGGCAAUUUCCGAUUCAAAUUAAGAGGUCAGGUGUAAAUACGUCUCAGAAAAACUAUGGGUUAAGGAUUGCAAAUAAAAUGUAACAAAAUACAACAUGGUUUUACCUGCAAGAACGGUGUACUUUCAAAAGUUUUUAUCUGGCGAGUUUUAGUCUAGAUUUUGUUAUUAUUCUUUGAAAAAUGUGAAUGAAAAAACAGUUGUGUAAGCUAAAACACUAAGAACUAUUUGAAUAUCAGGUUCAUUUGGGAAAUAUAUGUUCGUACCAUUUGACUAUCAUGUGCAUUUAUAAGACCGACAUGUUGAGAUUCCAGGAAAACAAACAUGGACUAUGCUAGAACUUUGAUUACUAUAUUUGUAGCACUUUCUAUGAAUGAACAAUUUUGCAGAAUCUGUUGAAGGAUCCGUCUAAAGCAUAGAAAGCAGCCAAGCAAAAAAUAGCAAACUCGGUUUGACUGAGCCUGUUCGAGAGAAGUAGUGUUGUAUUGCGCACCCACGCACAGGUUAAAGCUGGACUAAGUUAUACAGUAGGCAUAAAGUCGGGCACCGUAACACCACAGUUCUAAGCAGAGAAUAUAACAAAAAAGUGUUUGUAUGAAUGCGUAAAAUUACAUUCCCAGAUCCUUAGAAUUCUUGACCGCACUUAUGCACAAAGCGUAUCGAAAUACGGGCAUAACGAGGAAGGUCAACUACAGUUUUACGGUGUAUGAUUGUUGCAAAAUUAUGCAGUUUUCGUUGUCAAAGAAAUAAGAAGUUAAAAUAUGUUUGCAACUUUAGUAAUUUCGAAAAAGGUUUCUUUCGUUUUUGUUCAUUCAAACUUUUUUGUUCACCGAUUCGAAUACGUGUAUUUCUUUUUUUAAUUCAUAAACGAUGCAUGAACGCAAAGAUCAAUCGUAGUAUAGCAGCAACAAUAUUGCAUUUUCAUGUUUGAAUGACAAGCACGCGUCUUUGAUUUUAGAUGUUAUAUUAUUGUUUAUACGCUUAGCCUUACAUUUUAAGAAAGACAAUUCAAACAACGCCAACUCAUAGAAAGAAAGAUUUGUUUCACAUGGAAACUGAACAUGUAUAUACAUGGAGUUACAAAAAAAAAAAAGACUGCAUAAAGGCGCCACACUUCCGGGCAGUACUACACCUUUAAGAACUCGACAUUUUCAAAGGACUGGUAACAGUUACAAAUUUUCGUUUUGACGCAUUUGCAAUAAUGUCCCAGUGUUGAAAUUUCACACAAAACUAGACUGAACAUAGAUUUCAGCAAUUGUUUUGUUUUAUUUCUUUACAAAUGGCAUUCAUUUUUAAAGGGGGAUAACUUUUUUCAGAAUAUUUUAAGUAUCCGUUAUCAUGGUUAUGGUAGUUUGUUUGUAAAGAGUUGUUCGUUUUUGGAAU